AAAUGCGUAUAUAAACAUUUCUUCUAUAUCUCAACCACUGAAAAUUUCCUCUCCACUCUCUCUACUCACCAACCCCCAAACUCGAAUAGACGUCGGCGUAAUGGCGUCGUCCAUCUCCACCAAACUCUUCCUCGGAGCUCCCGAUGGAUCCGCCCGCCUUGGAUCCCUUCAAUCGCCGCAGAUGCUGCCGUCUCCGGGCCUAAAGUUGCCCGCUCGCCGAUCCCAGUCCAGACGCCUUGAAAUACAGGCUGCCGGUAGCACAUAUGGCACUUACUUUCGUGUUACAACAUUUGGAGAAUCUCAUGGUGGUGGUGUAGGGUGUGUUAUUGAUGGAUGCCCUCCUAGACUUCCCCUCUCAGAAGCUGAUAUGCAAGUAGAUCUUGAUAGAAGGAGGCCAGGUCAGAGCAGAAUAACCACCCCUAGAAAGGAGACUGAUACAUGUAAAAUAGCUUCAGGGGUUGCUGAUGGGUUAACCACUGGUUCUCCAAUCAAAGUAGAAGUGCCCAAUACAGAUCAAAGAGGACAUGACUACAGUGAAAUGUCACUAGCUUAUAGACCAUCUCAUGCUGAUGCAACUUAUGAUUUCAAGUAUGGCGUGAGAUCAAUACAGGGUGGUGGUAGAUCAUCUGCAAGAGAAACCAUUGGGAGGGUUGCUGCCGGAGCUGUUGCUAAGAAAAUUUUGAAGCAAUAUGCCGGAACUGAAAUUCUUGCUUAUGUUUCACAAGUGCACAGUGUUGUCCUUCCUGAAAAUUUGGUUGAUCAUGAAAGUUUGACCCUCGAUCAGAUAGAGAGUAAUAUUGUAAGGUGCCCAAAUCCCGAGUAUGCGGAAAAGAUGAUUGCUGCCAUUGAUGCUGUCAGAGUGAAAGGUGACUCUGUGGGGGGUGUUGUCACCUGCAUUGCUCGGAAUGUUCCAAGGGGUCUUGGUUCUCCGGUCUUUGACAAACUUGAAGCAGAGUUGGCCAAAGCUGCUUUGUCUUUGCCUGCAACAAAGGGAUUUGAGUUUGGCAGUGGAUUUGCAGGUACUUUUAUGACUGGUAGUGUGCAUAAUGAUGUAUUCUACAUGGAUGAACAUGGCCGAAUCAGGACAAAAACCAAUCGUUCUGGUGGGAUACAGGGUGGGAUAUCAAAUGGAGAAAUCAUCAACAUGAGAAUAGCUUUUAAGCCAACAUCUACAAUCUCUAGGAAGCAGAAUACUGUGAGCAGAGACAAAAAUGACACGGAGCUCAUAGCUCGAGGUCGUCAUGACCCUUGUGUUGUUCCACGAGCUGUACCCAUGGUGGAAGCAAUGGUAGCCCUGGUGCUCGUUGAUCAAUUGAUGGCACAAUAUGCCCAAUGUAUGCUUUUCCCUAUUAAUCCAGCGUUACAGGAACCACUGGAACAGCGUAAAAGCGAGCAAGCACAGAUUCCCCUUUAAUGGUGGCUGGUCCAACCAUUCUCGUCAUCAGCUUUCCUCAGCGUUCUGCCUCUCCAUAGCGGCACUUCUCAUUUAAGUUACCUACGAUGAGUGUAUUGUUAUCUGAGAGAUUGACGUGUUUCUGAAUUGAAUUAUUCUGUGUUUUGGAUAAAAGUAGUGAAGUGGGUUUGAAGAGGUUGUAUGUAUUUUCACAGAGUACAAGAAUCUUUUGGUUUUACAACCAGUCUUUCAUCAGUUGAUUAUAUUAGCGUAGUUGGCUUCAAAGGAAUAAUGUAAGUCGACCUGCUUGCUAUACUGUGUAUUGAACAUUUGUUGCAGUCCAGUCUUUUUUAAUCUUAUUGUCUUUGUUGCA